GGAAGCGAUAUCUCCGCUCCUCUCGCGGACCGGGCUGGGCUGCCCGGGCGGCGGGCUCCUGCGCAUCUUCCACAUCUUCCGCGGCGGUUGUGGAAGGGCCAAGCGGCCAUGUCGGAAGCGAAUGGAAGCGGUGAUUUCGCCUUGUCGCCGAGCUCAGGCUCGAGCCGGGGCGCGGAGCGAGGUCGCCUCUCGCAGCCGUCCACUUCGCGGAACGGCGCCGUGCCCAAGCGCAAGCCGACGCGGGUACCGAGCAGCCCGCACCUUCACGCCACCGAGGAGGAAGAGGAGCUGGAGGCAGUGGGCGAGCAGCUUCCGGCCGCCGACGAUGAGCACAGGAGGAGAGUGAUCCGGCAUCAGUACCGGGAGCUCAUCAGCAGCGUGCAGCAAAAUCAUGAGGAUAUGCUGAGUUCAAAAAGCAACAGACUCACAGAAGCUUUGGAAGAAGCCAACAAACUGUUCAGUGGAGUUUCCUGUGCACGAGAGGCUGCCCUGGAUGCCCAGUUUCUUGUUUUAGCAUCCAAUCUAGGAAAGGAGAAGGCCAAUGAGUUGCACUCUGAGAUGACAACGUUUGAUUCAGUAGCAUUUGCAGAAGACUUGCUAACAUUCAUGGGGAUAAAUCGUAUUGAAAUAGACGAAAACGACAGUGAUUCUGAAAGCACUUCAGGUGGCUAUUUACCUACUAGUGCAUGGCAAAAACUGGGAGAAGAAGCAGAAAAGUACUUCAGGAGAGCACCUUCUUUUCAUUACAUGUUGGGAUCUUUCAAGUCUGAUCCUCCUGUACCAAGGCAGCGGAUUGAGAGGCAGAAAAAGGCUCCAGGUGGAGAACAAAAAAGAGCAAUGCCUGCUCAGUUAAAAAAAAUGGAGGAGUCUCACCAGGAAGCUACAGAAAAAGAAGUAGAGAGGAUCUUGGGAUUAUUGCAAACUCACUUUAAAAACGAUCCCAGUACACCUAUUUCCUUCUUCGAUCUGGUGAUCGAUCCAAAUUCUUUUGCCCGCACUGUGGAAAACAUCUUUCAUGUUUCCUUCAUUAUAAGGGAUGGUUUUGCAAGAUUAAAGCUGGAUGACGAUAAAUUGCCAAUAAUAGAGCCUUGUAAAGACAACAGGGGAAGGGAGGACGACCAUAGGUCGCAGGCACGGAAACAGGUUGUCAUAUCUCUGAGCUAUCAGGAAUGGAAGGAGAUUGUAGAAACAUAUGAAAUAACAGAACCCAUGAUUACUCCUCCGUGUCGUAGAGAUGAAGAUGAAAUGGAGAUACCUUAAUUCCUCACGUGCCUUACAGAAAAUAUUUUUAAAUGUUUCUUUUCAGAAAAGAUUUUGUAUGUAUAUAUUGUUAAAUUAAAUUUAUUUUUGUUGGAA